AUGAACAAUCUUAUCAAGAAAAUAUAUGUCCGGGAGAUCCAUGAUUCGGAUCCAGAAGAGGAUGGAUGCCAAAUAAUCCAUCCUCACCGUUGGCACCCAUCGUUCAAUUGCAAUCAUCCACUCAUCAAACUGGUAAGGUCGAUACUACAGUACUGCCUCCAGAUCCGACUCUUCUUUGAAACGGAAAUGGAACUUUCUCCUUCCCAUCUCAAUUCCUUGAACCCGCUCUUCACUCUUCUAGACCGACAGCAAGAAGCUCAUCAAAGCCUUGACCCGGUUCUCCUGGAGAUCUCGGUUCAGUACACGUCCAACCAGAGUUUUCUCGAACCGCUUCAGAAUCUGGAGUUGUCCACCGGUGGGAGUUGCAUGGGCUUGGAUCGUCUCUUCUCCUCAUCCGAAACCACCAAUUUUCCAAAAACGCCAUUGACACCGAGAUUGGAGCACAUAAACUGGCACAAUCUGUGUGAGAAAGAGUAG